AUGAAAGAAACAAAAGAAAGUUAUGAUGAAAAUAUAGAUACAGUCCCUUCAGAAAUGAAGGAUAGAUUAUGCAUGCACUGUUGGGUUACUCAGAGUACUGUUUAUUGCGGUACUUGUAUUUGUUUCUACUGUGGUACUUGUGUAGCAAUGACUCAUGCAAAAAGUACACUACACUAUAUUACUUCAAUUCAAAAUUCUACACUAGUGAAUGCAAAUAAAUCUGUAAAUUCAUCAGAAUUUAAGAAUAUAAAAUGUAAGAUACAUACUAAUAAAGAUUUGGCAUACUGUUGCACAAAUUGUAAUUACAAACUUAUAUGCGAGACUUGUAUUAUUAUGGAUAGCCAUGAAUCUCAUUUUAUUUUGACUCUUCCAGAGGCAAUACCAAGGGUUAAAAAAAGGCUUUUAGAAUGUUUGUCAUUUUUGAAAUCUUCUGCUUUUAUUUUGGGGCAAAAAAUAACUGAAGUAUCUGCAUUAGCAUCCCAAAGAAAAAACACAUUUCAAAAUAAUUUGUUAAAUGUAGAAGAUGCUAAAAAAGCCUUAAUAAAUGCGAUUAUUGCAGAGCAGGAUCUUUUACAUGCAGAAUUAAAACUAUUGAGUGAUAAAGUUAGCUUAGGUGGUAAAAAUAUAUCUAAGAGUUGUGACGACCUUCACAAUUUGUUAAUUCGUGUUUGUGGUGAAUCUAGUAUUUUACUUCAAAUCUCAGAAGAUAUGCCUAGCCAUACCUUAAAUAGGUAUGUAAGAAUUAGUAAUAUUGUUAAAGGAACAUUGGACCCAACUUAUAAGGUACUAGUUCCUGAAUUACAGCACCUUAGCGUUCCAUAUUGGAACUUAAAUAACUUGACAGUACUUGAAGUUUUGCAAGAUACUCAAGUUUAUAUUCAAAAACACUUAAAUAAUGCUAUAAAUAUUUCUGAAGCUAUCUGUACAAUAGCAUCUGGUGAUAUAUCUGUCGUUGAUACUAUUAAAUUAGAUUACUUUAAAACUUCAGUUAAAAAAGGAAAUCAAGUAAAACAAGUAAAACUUCAAGAUAUCCGUGUACAUAAAAUAAUAACAAAUAAAAUAAAAGAAAAUAAGAAUGCAAAUUUGAGAAGUAAUCCUUCUAAGGCUGUUUAUAAUACCAAUAAUAUAGAAAAACCUCCAGCAAAGGCUAAACAAAAGUCUAACAAUAUUUUAAAUAAACACCCAAAUGAUCUAGUAAGUUUCAAAGAGUGGCUAGGUAUACAUAAUGCUAAUAAGCUAAAGUCGUUGAAAAAUAUACAAGGUUUGCGUAUAACUGAUAAGAUAAAUAAUGGGUCUUUAUCUAAAAAUCAAAUUUCCCUUCAAAAUGGGCUUAAGUCCAAUAAAGAGUUAGAAAUAACAACCGUAGGAAGGGACGAAUAUUUAGAAAGAAAUUAUUCAUCGAGAUCUGAUAUACCUAAUACAAAAGAGUAUUUUGAGGCUUAUGUACAUCUUAAGGGUAUCUUAAUGGCAUCAUGCAUUAAAUUAUCUGAUAAAGAACAACAAGAUACAACUAUUCAAGAUUGCUUAAAACCUAUUACUUUGAAAUUAUGUUUUCCAUUUAUAUUACUUUAUGAUUAUGGUAAUAAUAAUUCUCAAAAAUUACAAGAUCACAACUCUUCUGAACUGGAUAAUGAAGGGAAACAAAGUAUACUUUUAUCACACCCAAAACUAAAUAAGAAAGAUUUGGAUUCAUCUUUAGAGGAAGUGGUAGAAUAUCCAUCUGUAAUUAAGGAGAAAGAAACUAUUCUCAUUAAUUUGAAAAUGGGGACUGUAGAAAAACCUGUAGAUGCACUAUUCAUUACAGAUAUUAGACACCCAGGUAUAAGAAUACACACAAUACAUGAAGAUUCAAUUACAAAAGAACUAUCUUCAUAUUUAAGUAGAAAAUCAACAACCUUGCAGCCAAUAAAUGAAGGUUUUGAAGUUUGUGAAGUGAGUUGUGGAAAAACUCUUUAUUCUUGGGUAUUUUCAUGUUCAACAUUUAAAGUAGCUGAGAGAUGGGUAUCUAUGCUAAGAGGAGAUAAUCAAGAACUACAAGAUUCAAUUGCUAGUAUUGGUAUUGCGAAAUUACUUAAUCAAGAUACAAAAAACAAGGUAAUUCACCAUAAAAAAGAAUCUUUAGACCCUAUUAUAGAUCCAAGCUGUAAGAUACAACCCUUAGAAGUUCCUUCAGAAACAAUUAGUAAUAAUAGGGAAAAAUUGCUUCUAUUGACUAGGGAUAUGCAUUCUUCAGAUGAUGUAAAGAAUAUACCUGAUCUGUUAUCUAUUAGAAAAGAAAGAUUAAAUAAAUUGCGAACUUGUAAAAAACAUAAAAAUGAACUAAAUUUAGAUCCCAAAUUAAGAAUAGGUCAAUCUUAUGUUACUAAUGCUGAAGCAUUACUUGUCAGGGGGCUUGAAGGAACUCGUGCAUUUAAAAAAGUUGUUUUGCUAUUAGCUUAUCCUACUCUGGUAAUAAUACCAUUUUUAAACUUUGAAGCUGCAAUAUCCCGUAGCAUUUUACAGGAUGAAUAUGUGGUAUCAGAGCACUUUUGUACUCUAAUUAUCAAGCUUACAAAUGAUAAUAUAAUUCAAAAUGGAACAACAUUUGAGAAACAACUAUUUUAUAUUGGUAAAAUUGCAAGUCAAGAAUUACUCAAUAAAAACAGUGCUCUGGAACAUCUUAAAUGUAAGGGAAAGAUUAGGGGAUUUGAAAUAAUGGUACCUAAUAAAGUUUUGAUAUUUAUUUGUCCAAAUAGUGCAAGUGAAAAAAUGUGGAUUCAAGCAAUAUCACAUCCUAAAGAACAAAAAAUAAUGAGAAAUUGGAGGCAAUUGACAAUACUAGAAAGUAAAGGACAUAGCAAAAAUAUUUCUGCAGAUAACAAAGAUACAAAGUCAAGUAAAACCAGAGAUAAUUUUGAAAGUCUAGAGAUUCAAAGUCAUAGUUAUGGACCAAAACUUCAAUCUAGUGAUAAUAAAGAAUCUAAGAGAAAAGAUUCUUUUUUCGAUGAAGAUAUUGUUCAAGAUGUUAUUUCAAAAAUAAUAUGA